AUGGUUCUGAAUCGUCCCGCGAUAAUUCGUCUCACUGAUUUACGUUUCAAUAGCUUGGAACAUUUAAAAUCAUGGUGUGAUGUCACUCAUAAACAAAAGUGGGAGCAAGCGAUUUCACGACUUGUUUGUACUAAAGCAUUCGACCGUGCAGAGCGAGUUUUCGAUGAGGCAAAGCUGAAAAUGCAGGAGGGAGAUGAGGAAAAUGCAUACAAGUUGUUCACACGAAUGGGCAUUAUUUCGAAAAUAAUUAUCAGCAAAAGCGAUUUCCAAGAGUUCAAAAAUUCGCCGGAUGGUCGUCGUUUUUAUUAUUUGUUUGACCAGUGUAUUGCUUAUCUGAAAGAGUUGGAAGAAAGUUUAAAUAAACGAUACGAGUUGAAGAACGUUGAGAAAAAUUAUGAUGAUCGAGACGUAGCAGUUGUACAGCGCGAAGAAACACGGAAAGACGAAGAUUAUUUCAGGGAUGAAUCGAUGGUAAUAGAUCCUCGUGAACUGGUGCAUUAUAUUUCUUGCAAACAUCGAGUUCUUAUCAUUGAUUAUCGAAACGAUCAGACGGACGUCAUUCAGUAUGCAAAUGCUGGGCAGUUAUUAAUCGCACAGGUUCCUGUCGAUGCUGUUGUUCCUGGUUGUAUUGGUUCCUCGCUGAUUCGCUCGGUUGAGAUUGGUCAAAGAGCUAUUCUUCAGCGCAUGGCAGAUGUAGAUAUGGUAGUGCUUAUGGGAAGUGAGAGUGCCCCAAAUGAGGAAAAAGAUAUGAUUGCUGGAUCAAAGGAACAAAUACUAUAUAGCGCUUUAUCGAUGUAUAACAAUAACUUCCGGUUGAGAAAGCUACCAAAAUUCUUAAAAGGUGGUUUUGAAAAUUGGCGUUUGUAUUAUCCAAUGCAUACAUCUACAAAAUCUGCUAUGCGAAAGAAAUUUGUGGAUAUCGCAAGUCGUACUGAAUUUGCUAAAGCUGUUGCUGAAUACAAAAAGGGUUUUGGGAUUGAUUCCUUAGAAUAUCCUCAAUUACUGCCGACUAUUUAUCCUAAAGCAAGUGGAUUACCAAUGCCCUAUUCGAGUAUUUCUGAUAGUGUCGUGCAUCAGAUGGGACAAUCUUCGGUUUUCUCCUCAAUGUUAAUGGAACCUGCAGACAUUUCUGACAGAUCUUCAAUAUCAUCCUUGUGCUCAGUGCUGCCACCAAAAGAUGGAUUACUUGACGUAAGAAUAGAUGAUGCAGGUACAGCAAAUGAAUCUUCAACUAUAAGUGAUUCAAACGCUAUGGAGAUUGCAGUUCCUCCAGUCUGCCGAAGUACGACUAAGAAGUUUAAUUCAGAGAUUGACGUUCCUGGAUUUCAAUCUCAUCAAUCUCCUGUAAUUGAUCGAAGCAAAAAACCGCAUUCAGAGUUAUCUGCACAUAAGGAAAAAGCCUCUUCUGAGAAAUCCUUCCCUAUUAAACCGACUCAGACAGUGUUUGGUGGUGCAAAAUUACAUGACGCGAGCUCGAAACGAAUUCCAGUGAAUAUUCCAGCCAUACCAGACAGGCUAUUGAAACCACAAUUACUUCCAAGCGAUGGCUCGCACCAGCUUUUACGUUUAUAUGAAUCUAUGAUGAAUAUUCUCAGUCUCAGUGCGGUCCCUCGAAGCUGUAAUCCCGGAUACACUGGUUUAUACAAUUUGGGAAAUACAUGCUUCAUGAAUUCCGUGUUACAAACUCUAUUCAAUACAAUCCCACUUCGACGUAUUUUUACCAGAAACGAAUUUAACAAAUUUGUUAACAGGACGAAUAAAAUGGGAACAAUGGGUGUAAUAUCGUCAGUGUUUUCUGCGAUGAUGGAUUCCGUUUGGAGUGGAUUGUUCAGUGUUCUUCGACCUCAACAGUUUCUUGAGACAUUUGCCGCUGAGGUGAAUGCUUCUUUGGCUGAUGGUCAACAACACGAUGCACAAGAAUUCCAGAUUUAUUUACUUGACGCACUACAUGAAGAUACGAAUCAAGUAGUGAAACGCAUAACAUUUGAACAGAAUUAUACUGGAGCAGAUUUAAAAGCAGAAGCAGCUGAUUAUAAUGAAAAAUUAAGGAAGUUUGCCUGCUCACCAAUCAGUGGCAUUUUUAAUAGUCAAACAGUAUCAAGUUUGCAAUGUAAUAAAUGCAGAAGACAGAGCGUUACGUUCGAAGAAUUAGCCCAACUGUCAAUCGAAGUACCAAAUCGGAAUUCAACAAUUGAAGAUUGUAUACGGAAUCAUUUUCAAGAUGUGGAACUUGAUGGUUCAUGCAAAUGGCGCUGCCCUGACUGUGAGUCUUUACAGACUGCAACUCGUAGGACGUUUUUGUGGAAGCUACCUCAAGUUCUGGUCAUACAUUUGAAACGUUUUACUUUUAUGGGAGAUAAUUGGCAAAAGAAUGAUGCCCACGUAACGUUCAACACAUUUCCAUUAAAGCUGCAGACUGAAUAUUUUAGCUUGUAUGCUGUUGUCAACCACAGAGGAAGCUUGAAUAGUGGACACUACACAGCAACAAUUCGUAACCAAAUUACUAAACAAUGGCUGCUCUUCGACGAUGAUGUUGUUACGCCGAUAGAUGUGGAUUCAAUAUGCACGAAGUAUGCCUUUAUCUUAUAUUUUCAGAAAGAUUCUCUUUUGAAGAUCCUAUGA